AUGAGCGACGAUAAAUUUGGCCCGCAGCUCCCAGGCAUCUUCGACUUUACUAUCCUCUUUGAGCAAAGCAUCUUCUCCCUCCUCCCGACAUGUCUCUUCAUAGCACUGGCCCCGCUGAGGGCGUAUGCUCUCCUACGACGACAGACAGUCGUUCCGACAGGAAAACAUCUGUGGCUGAAAGCUCUCGCCAUCACAGUCUACUUCGCCCUUCAAAUAGCGCUCCUAGCACUGUGGUGCCUCCCAUCAACCCCCAAAACGAAAACGUCAAUACCCGCAGCCAUUCUGAGCAUCUUAGAGGGAGUCACUAUUUGCGUCAUUUCUUACAAUGAGCACCGCAAGUCCAUCAAGCCAGCCACGCUUCUCGAUGGAUACCUUCUCCUAUCCCUGAUCCUCUCCGUCGCGCCCGCGAGGUCGUAUCUCUUGCGGAGCGACAUUCCUCGCGCCAUUGCCGGCUUGUAUAUAACAGGGCUUGUCGCGAAAGCGUCGCUUCUUGUUCUUGAAGAACUUCCGAAAAAAGACGCCAUUGAGGGUACUGCGCCCGAGACGAUUGCUGGUGUCGUGAGCCGAGGGGUGUUUUGGUGGCUCAACAAGCUUCUUGUAGCGGGCGCGAGGAAUGUCCUCGGAGUCGACGACAUCGAAGCCAUUGAGCCGAAGUUUGACUCUCGCCAAUUGCUCAGCAGACUAGAGCGGGCAUGGGAAAACGACGCCAAGCAGGGCAAAUGGGCGCUCAUGAAGACGACAUUUCUGGCCUACAAGUGGCAGUUUGCAGCUGGAAUCUUACCUCGCCUCUGCUUCGCGGCAUUCACUUUUGCACAACCCUUCCUCAUCAACAGUGUCGUCAAGUACGUCGGCGACCCCCCAGGCGAACACCACAAGGACGUGGCGGCCAGCCUUAUCGGCGCGACGGUCCUUGUGUAUGUGGGCAUGGCCGUGUCCAACGCCCUGUACCAUCACUUGACGUAUCAACUCUUGACCAUGUACCGUGGCGGACUGGCAUCGCUCGUGUACAAGAAGACCAUCGCGUUGAGGACCACUUCGAUCAAGGAGUCCGCGCCAGUUACCUUGAUGAGUACCGAUAUCGAGAACAUUGUCAACUCGGGAGACGCCAUACACGAUAUCUGGGCGAGCUUCAUUGAGAUUCCCGUGGCGAUAUACCUACUGAGCCGGCAUGUUGGGGUUGUGAGCCUCUUUAUUCUCGUGCCUGGGUUCAUCACCUCUGGAGCAGGUGCCUUGAUCUCGCCCGCGAUGGGACCUGCUCGCGUUGUAUGGAACAAAGCGAUCCAAGAGCGCAUAGGUUCAGUGUCCAACAUGUUGAGUCAGAUUAAAGGAGUGAAGAUGAUGGGCCUGACGGAUUUCUUUCACGAGAAGCUCCGGCAGUCAAGAAUACAUGAGCUCAAAUUAUCCGUCAGGUUCCGAUGGAUAAUUGUGCAGCUUAAUGCGCUGGCGAUGGCUAGCGAGGACCUAACCCCAGUCAUCAUCAUUCUCGCCGCAAUAUUCUGGACCAAAUCCGACAGCGGACUCUCUGUCGCGGAAGCGUUUACCUCUAUCUCGAUCAUCUCGAUCGCUGCUCAGCCACUGACCAACAUUCUCAUUUCCAUCGUGCAGCUGUUCGGCGCCAUAGGAUGCUUCACCCGCCUGCAAGAAUUCCUGCUGCUCGAGGAGCGCGAGGAGCAACGCGAGAUGGCGGUCUCGCGGUUCCCGUCUCCUCCAUCGACGGCAGGACAGGCGACGCUCCGCGCAGAUGAGGGCAAGGACAUUGACAGCGUGGAGAAAGCCAACGACAGCGAUGCCAUCGUCGCGGUGUCGAUAGAGGAAGCGAGCUUUGUCGUCGGCGAGGAUGUGGAAGUGUUGCACGACAUUAGCAUCGACUUCGAAGCGGGCGCAAUCUCCAUGGUCGUCGGUCGCGUCGGUUGCGGCAAGUCGUCCUUGUUGCGCGCGAUCGCGGGCGAGCUGGCCAUGAAGUCAGGGCGAGUCGUGUCUUCAUUCAGCUCCAUGGCCUACUGCGACCAGACACCGUGGCUCGAGAACAGGAGCAUCCGAGACAACAUCCUCGGCCAGUCGCCACUGGAUGAGAAGUGGCUUGCUACGGUCCUGGAGGCGUGCGCGCUGGAUGAAGACGUCAGGAUGUUUCCACUGGGAGACUUGACUCUGGUUGGAUCGGGGGGCGUUUCGCUAAGCGGCGGACAGAAGCAGCGUGUUGCGCUUGCUCGGGCUGUGUAUUCGCGCAAGAAUCUCUUGCUGCUCGACGAUGUUUUUAGCGGCCUCGAUAACACGACGUCGAGAGCUGUAUUCCAACGCCUGAUGGGUCCAAGUGGCCUCCUUCGACAGAGCCGCGCCACUGUCAUCCUAGCUACCAACCACGUGCACUUUCUUGCCGCAGCGGACUUCAUCACGCUGCUGCACGAGGGCAAGGUCCUCCGAAGCCAGGUCUCCUACGACUCGGUCGACCCUUCAGAAUGGGGCGUCCUCGACUCCGACUCCGACAGCUAUGACUCCGAGACAGAAGAUCGCCAAGUCGACGACGAGAAAGAACAGCUCAAGGCGCAGCUGUCCCAAAAAGACGCGCUGCCGGAGCCAAAGACAGAGGCCGACCUGAGCCGUCAGACAGGAGACAUGGAGUGCUACAAGAUCUACUUCAAGUCUCUUGGACCCAGUGUGCUGGCAGUCUUCUUCGCGGCGGGGAUCACGCAUGUCGCCAUGCAAAAGAUGCCGCAGAUCUGGCUGCGGUUGUGGACAGAGAAAGGAACAGGCGCCAAAGACUACGGGUACAUGGGCGGAUACAUUGCUUUUGCCCUCAUGUCGACGAUAUCUGGUGCCUUUUGCCUUGCCUAUUUUGUGGUGAUUGGAGUUCCCAAGUCUGGUAAUAGGCUGCACGAGAUGCUGCUCACCGCCGUCACGAGGGCCCCCUUUUACUUCUUCACCAGCACCGACAAUGGAAUCACGCUGAACCGAUUCAGCCAGGACAUGAACCUGGUUGACCAAAACCUCCCGCUGAGCUUCCUCAACGUAUCCAUAUUGUCGCUGCGUGCCCUGGCCGAAACCGCGCUCGUCGCGUCAGGAGCGAGCUACGUCGGCCUGGCCAUCAUCCCCGGCGCGCUCGCGCUCUACCUGGUGCAGAAAUACUACCUCCGCACGUCCAGACAGAUGCGGUUCCUAGACCUGGAAAUGAAAACGCCGCUGUACACGCAAUUCACCGAGACGCUCGCGGGCCUCAGCACGAUCCGCGCCUUCGGCUGGUCCGAGGCGUUCCUGCGCGACAACCACGCGCGGCUCGACGUCUCGCAGAAGCCCUUCUACACCAUGUUUGCGAUCCAGCGCUGGCUGCAGGUCGUGCUGGACCUGUUUGUCGCGGGCAUGGCGCUCGUGCUCGUGACGGUGGCGCUGCAUGUGCCGGGGGACGCGGCGAGCAAGGGGUCCAUCGGGUUGGCCAUGGUGAACUUGAUCGGGUUCAAUCAGACUCUGACGCUGGUGAUUGACCAGUGGACGAGGCUGGAGACGUCGUUGGGGGCUAUUGCGCGGCUUAAGUGGUUUGUGCGAAACGUCAAGCCCGAGGAUAGAGAGGGAGAGUGUGAAGAGGUCCCGCCGGAAUGGCCGGCGAGGGGGGCGAUUGAGCUCACGAACGUGGUCGCUUCAUACAGUGAUGGCAUGGAAAGCGUCCUAAAGGGAGUGUCGGUGAGCAUCAAGCCCGGCCAAAGGGUUGGCGUUUGCGGCCGGUCUGGAAGCGGCAAGUCGUCUCUUCUCCUGACCCUCGCACGCCUCCUGGAACUGCAACACGGAGACAUAACAAUCGACGGGCUCUCUCUGUCCAGGAUCCCCCGCCAAACCAUCCGCUCACGACUUACAGCCCUCCCUCAGGACGCGAUGCACCUGUCUGGCACGGUGCGGCACAACCUGGACCCCAAGGGCAUGUUCUCCUCAUCCACUACGACCGACAUCGAGCCCAAGACGACGCUCUCCCCUUCCGGCGACGACGCGCUCAUCGCUGCACUCUCCAAGACGGCCAUCUGGCCCGCCAUCGAAGCCCGCGGCGGCCUCGACGCCUCCCUCUCCGACCUAGGCUUCUCGGCGGGCCAGCUGCAGCUAUUCUGCCUGGCGCGAGCGCUGCUCUCCACGUCGUCCAUUGUGCUCCUCGACGAGGCUACCAGCAGUGUCGACCGCCGUACUGACGACGAGGUUCGCCGCGCCAUCCGUGACGAUUGGGCGGGGAGAACGGUCGUCGAGGUGGCGCAUAGGCUGGAGCUGGUGCGCGAUUGCGACGUUGUCGUGGUCAUGGCCGAGGGCAGAGUGCAGGAAUCUGGACCGCCGGAUGAGUUGCUCGCGCGGCCGACGUCGGCGUUUCGCGCGCUAUGGGAGAGCCAGGGGCUUUGA